UAGACAUAUUUUAAUAAAUUAAUGCAUUGUAUCAUUAUGUGCAGAAUAAUUCCUCGUCAUCUAGGAAGAAGUUUCACAACUUGAGUCAUGUGACUCAUCUUUACUACAUCUGGGAAAUUCCUCUAACGCAAUCUCCUUGCCAGCAGAGUACAGAGGCUGGGCACAAAACUGUAUAUAAGCAGGAAUCAACAAUACCCGCACACAGCAGGAAUCAACAAUCCUUUGGGACUCAAGCUCACAGAACUAAACAACCCAACGAAAAACUCCUGUCCAACCAUGAACGGCAAACUCGUAGCUGUCCUGGCUCUUUUCCUGCUCUCAGCAGCUGUGUCUCAGGGUAAGUAAAGAUUCCCAAAUUCCCCUUGACUGCAGUUUUGCAGAGGCAACAACUGAGAUGCUUGUGCUUGCAGAGUAGCUUUCUAUUUGUCUCACUAAAUUAGUCUCUUUUGAGAGAUUUUCAGCACCUCUCUUCAGUCAGAAAUCUACCAUGUAGUCCUUGGACUGAUAAGCUACUGACAUCUUGUGGGAAAUAUUUUAAGGAUGCAACUUGCAUUUGCUUUGUUUCUGUUUUAGUUGACGCGUAUGCGGCUAGAGACAGGUUCUUCUGUAGCUAGAGCCAGAUUUUUGUUCUGAAGUGUUUCAAUGUUUCUCUCCCUUCCCAUACAAAUAACAGUUUAGCAUCUCGUAUUUGUUGCUUAGUGACCAUGCCGCCUCAAGCAAGUAAUACAGUUGGAAAGGGAGAGCAAACAAUAUGAACACAGGAACAUGGGCAACCUCCAAUUAACCAACAAAUCUAGGGCUCUGUCUUCUGCAGAGUGGCCGAGUUUUUUGAUCCAGAUUUUUAAACAAUGCAGUGAACCACAUUGUGUAGCCAGUAUGGUUAGCAACCACAAAGCAUGUGGGUUCAUUUUUGAAAGAUUUGGUAAUUUAGCUUCCAAUGUACUCCGGCACCAGCUCCCCUGAAACCUAAGUAAGCCUCCCUACAACAUGAGGAUUUAGGCAGCUUGCACAAAUGUGAUGUUUUAAUUGAGGAUGUUGUUACAAUGGAGCAGCUGUGCUUUAUGCCUGAUACAUUGACCAAAAGACCACCUGUCAAACCCCGAUGUGCCUUUUCUGCUCACAGGUAGGACCCUGGCACGGAUGGGAACCGAGCUGCGGUGCCAGUGCAUAGCCACUCAUUCCAAGUUCAUUCCCCCCAAAUCCAUCCAAGAUGUGAAGCUGACACAGAGCGGCCCCCACUGCAAGAACGUUGAAGUGAUAGCUACUCUGAAGGAUGGCAGAGAGGUGUGCUUGGAGCCCACUGCUCCCUGGGUGCAGCGGAUCAUUAAAGCAAUUUUGGCCAAGGCUCAAGAAAAUUCUGACUCUCCUCUGUAAGCAACACCAGGA